CAUGAAGAGAAGCCGUUAUUAUUAUCCUGCAUCGUUAUUGACAUUGUCUACCUCUUUGCGUGGAUUAUUCUGUGGCUUAUCCUUACCCUCAAGAGAGAUUGGGAUUUCAAAGUUAUGCAUCCAGUGCACGAAAUUAUCGCACUCCAGAAUGGACCACAGACAAUGACAACUGUACCAGCACAUAUUAUGGAAAAGAAACCAUCGGAGCUGAAAAAUGCUCUGAUAUUGUUGCACGGUGACCAGAUCCAUGUUAUUAUAUCGGAGCUGCUCUGCGCCGACUGCAUUCGUUUUUGUGCCAGCUCUCUUCCUGACACCGAUCUUGAUGUGCCAGCCAGCCCGUUCCCUAUGUCUCUUCCCUUUAGCGACCAACUUGAUAAACUGCACUGA